CCCGUAGCGUCAUUACAGCUUUGUAGUGCAGCAUAGUAGGUAAGGCCUCUUUGUUUAAAGAAACGUUAACGGGGAAGGAGGGUCUGUAGUAAGAAACAGGCUGGAAACUGCUUUUAAGUUCGAACAAAGCACUUUUUUUUGAAAAAUGGGGACUCAACAGUUUUGUUUGAAGUGGAACAAUCAUCAUUCCAACAUGCUCUCGGUCUUCGAACAAUUACUUAAUAAUGAAGCCUUAGUAGAUGUGACUUUAGCAUGUGAAGGACACAGUUUAAAGGCACACAAAGUUGUGUUAUCAGCAUGCAGUCCCUUCUUCCAAACUCUUUUUGUUGAUAACCCGUGUAAACAUCCAAUUGUGAUAAUGAAAGACAUGAGGUAUGUUGAUAUGAAAGCCAUUAUUGAUUUUAUUUAUCAUGGUGAAGUGAAUGUGUCACAGGAUCAGCUAUCUGCUCUUUUAAAAACAGCAGAAACUCUGAAAGUCAAAGGACUUGCCGAAGUGGGUGGUGAGAAACAAGCCGAAAGACAAAAUGCCCAAGAAGUUAGUCAGCAACCUGUUACCUCUACCCAGACUGUUUCUGGGAAUCAACAUCAUCGCACAGAAUCCCCUCUGGUGCACAAACGUAAAAGAGGCAGACCAAGAAGGAGGUCGGGUUCAAGUCAAAGUGAUACGGAAGAGCCGAUACCAUCCAAAAUUAAGGAGCCAGAUUCUCCGGAAAUUAUUAGUGAUAUAAGUAGAGAUGGUUUAAAUGAAAGCACUCCAGAUGUUAGUCAAAGAUUACCGUCGGUGUCCCAGUCAAGGGUUCCUCCUAUUCCUUCCAACCAAAGCUACUCUCUCUCAUCUCAGAAAUCACAUUCUAUGUACUCGCCAGUUCCUUCACAACAAGAAUCAAGUGCUACCAUUGAAGAACCACCUUCUAUAACAGACGGUGACUUUGAUGUAGAACCAUCACGUCUUAUGGAGGCUACUUUAACUACGGACGCUAGUGGUGUCUCCAUGUAUGAAUCUCAGGCCCAGGCAGCAUUACCAUCAACGUCCACCUCACUUGCUCUUCCACCUGCUUCGGCAGUAGAAUUACCACAGUCAAAUUCAUUAAGUCAGGCAAUCGUUCCAACAUCUUUACAUUCAGCAUCAGAUUCAUCGGGGUCGGGACUAGGAAGCCAAAAUACCAUGGAAGAUAUUAAACCACUAGUAUCUUUCGAGGAGCCUCCUAUCGGAGUUACCAGUCAUUCACAUGAUAGUAGUAGUACAAAUGCAGUUUUACCGUACAUGGACACAUCAGGAGUACCUGCGAUCCCGGGCCCAAGUAGCUUUCAACCUGACAUGAGCAUGCAACCUUCACCUCAACAAACUUCACAAGGAGUUGACACUUCUAUGGAUGAACAUGUGAUGCAGGUAUGCAUGGAAAGAAGUAAACUUGAACAAAAUGGUGAAGAACCAAAGGAAAAUUAUGAAAAUUCUAAAACAAAAAAUCUUACAGAGUUUGAGCUAGGAGUUCUUUUUGCCAGAAGUCAUAAUGUUCGGAAGUUUGCUGUUAACAUAGUUAGGGCAAUUUUUUCUGAAGAAGAGAUGAGAACAUCUAAUUGUACAGGAGCUAGAGAAUUUCAGCAGUUGGACUUUGGGAAACUACAGUUUGUUCGGGAAACUGUUCUAAGGUACUACAAUAUCCCUACUUAUGCUUCACCAGAAAUUUGGAAACUUUGUUGCCAGAGUAUUGAUGCCCAUUGUCGCCAUGAAAGGAGAUUAUACAAAAAAUUGGAAGCAAACAUAUAAGUGACAUUAGAAGAUUAAGUGAAAAGUCUUGAAGAUUAGCUGAACACAAUAAGGGUAAUGCAGCAUAGAAGAAUAGGCUGUAAAAUUAUUCUUGUGAAAUAUAAAACUCUUCUGAUAUGCAAAUUGAUUUUAUAGUGCAAUUUCAAAUUUUUCAAAAGCAGAGAAACUUAAUGAGUGACUUCAAAAUUUAUAAUUUUGUCUUUGUAGAAGAGAUCAGUAACUGUUACAAAUACAAAGUUGCUUUUGUUAAUUUUUGUAUAUAUAUUUUUUAAUGAAUUUUAUUUUAAUGUUGGUGAAUAUUAAAUGAUGCAAAUGCUAGUGAGGUAAUUACCAGUUUUGCAAUCUGUGAAAGUUAUAACAUUACAAUUAAAUAUUGCAGAAAAGGCUUCUUGUGUAUGUGGAUUCAUGAUGAAUUAAUUUUUUCAGUUACAAAUGAAUUUCUUAUUUUAACCUGAUGACACCAUGAUUCAACAGUGCUGAUUAGGCUGUCAACAUCACCCAAUUCACAAAUCCUAUGUUUUUAACUUGACUGUGUAGUUAGUUCAUCAACCUUGUGACCUUGAAGUGAAUUAAACUGACUGUGGGGGAGCUGCUACUACUUUAUGGGUUGCUAAUUGGUCUUUAUUAGCUGCAUUUGUGUUCUGAGUUUAAUCAUCCCUAUCCCUAUGUCAUAAUUUUCAUGGGCUUAUUUCAAAUAAAUUUUUUGAAGUAUAAAAGUAAAAUAUGUAAAAAAAUUUUAAGAAAAGGGUAUUUGGACUUGAGGAACAAUAAAAGGAUGUUAGUUUUGUAAUGUGGAAUCCACUGGAGUGCCAAUUUUUAGGAUGAUUGAUGAUUUAAAUGUUUAACAAUUCAGUAGAGAAAAAAUCCAUAUUUGAUUUAAUGAACCUAUAAAACCUCAUAGUGCAGCCUACCAACCAAUAUUUAUUAUAGUAUGUUGCCUAUUAACCAGUAUUUAUUAUAGUAUGUUAUAGGUAUGUUAUAGAGUUUAAGGUUUAAAUGUUAUGUCAUAAUUUAUUUUAUCUCGAUGUUUUUUACUUUAAAUAUUGGUUAUGUUUGUUACCUCUUUAUCAUAACUUAAACAUUUUUAAAAUAAAUCUUUUUACAUGGCAUACUGUCAAAGAUUUUCUUUGGCGAAUUUUAAUCUCAUUUCCAGUGCUAAAAAAAACCACCAAUUUUCCAAAUUUUAAAUGUAAAAAUUUAAAUUUUUUGGCAGUACUUUUUAAAAUAAAUUGAUUUUUGAAAGGGAAGGAAGAUCACUGUAAUCAUAAAUCUGUGACGUUGGGUUUAAAUGCCGAGAAUAACAACAAUUUUUUUUAUGAAAAUGAGAAUACCAAAUUCUUUGCUCACCUUACUUGUGUGCAUGUUGUGGGGAGGGAACUUUAUAGAUGAAAAUAAUAGUAUUGUGACUACUUUAUGGUUAAAAGUACCUUUGUAUUUUCCUAUUUCCAGUUGGCAGUAUGUUUAAAAGUACCUUUGUAUUUCCCUAUUUCCAGUUGGCAGUAUGUUUAAAAGUUCCCUCGUUUUUCCUAUUUCCAGUUGGCAGUAUGUUUAAAAGUACCUUCGUAUUUCCCUAUUUCCAGUUGCCAGUAUGUUUAAAAGUACCUUCGUAUUUCCUUAUUUCCAGUUGGCAGUAUGUUUAAAAGUACCUUCGUAUUUCCCUAAUUUCAUUUGGCAGUAUGUCUCAAAAUUCAAAUAUUAAGUGAAAAAAUAAUUUAGUAAUUGAAAUAAAUAAAUAUUGAAAAACUGU